AACUUCUUGAUCAGCACGCUCAAGGCUGGGCUUUGCAAAAAAACCAUGUUCAUAACACGGGGCAUGCGUCAAGGUCCAUACCGGCAUUAUCUCUCCCUCGAGGUUGAGCCGGCCGCCGCGACUCUGGCGUCAGUCGCUGCAUCCGGUGAUGUUGAGCGGCUCCGAUGCUUCCUGGCUGCCGAGGAAGAAUCACCUCCUUCUGAGGAAACCAUUCAAUACCUAUUAGCAUCCGCCUCAUGGGCCGAAGAGAUCUCGGUCGUUGAGUAUCUGCUCGCCGAGUAUCCGCCCGGCAAACUCGCCGAGGAACCUAUCCGGGCCGCCAUCUACUCGGGCUCUAUGCCGCUCGUAUCGGCCUUCCUCCGGGUGGACCCUGAUAUCUUGCUGAUGCAGUACGACCGUCAGGGUUCGGCACUUAUCGCCGCAUGUCGGAGUCGUCAGCGACCCGAGUUUAUCAGGUUCCUUCUCGAAGCUGGCGCCGACCCUAAUCAAGAUCCCGACUGCGCUUAUCUCCCCCCUCUCGGAUGGGUUGCUGGGUGGUAUCAGAAGAGUUAUCCGGGGACAGAGGUGGUCGACAUGUUGCUCGACUAUGGAGCCGAGACUGCGAACUCGGGGGCGCUCCGGUGGGCGGCGAGGGGGAACCAUGAGGAUGUUGUGCGGCGUCUGUUGGAACGGGGAGCAGACCAUGAGAAGGAUUCGGCAGAUCACACCAAGUUGCGAGGAAAACAAUCCCUAGCGCUUCAUGAAGCGGCGUCCAGGGGAUACAUUGGAGUGAUGAGGAUACUCCUCGAGCACGGAGUGGAUGUAAACUGUAAGAGCUCUAAUGGUAAGACGGCAUUGGAAGAGGCGGAACAGAUAGAAGAGGUGACAGGAACGGAUCUGUCAGCGGCCAAGGAGUUAUUAACGAGUUGGAAUCAGGUGCAAGCAUAG